GGUUGGAGCGGGAAGUGAGUGAGCAAAGCGAUUGGGCGGUUGCAUAGUUGGGGUGGAGUUCCAGCUUUGACUGUAGCCUUGCGUGGCAGCCACUCUGAAAGAUUCUUGAACGUGAGAAGGGCUAUGGGGGUGACCGUGCUGGUCCUUAUGGCCGGGAUGCUGCUGCUGCUUAGUACAUACCCGCCCGGCACUGAAAGUUCCUCGCGCAAGGCGGUGGCUGUUCGGCUGGCAGCGAAAUGGCCGGCGACCCCGUUGCUUUUAGAGGCCAGUGAAUUCAUUGCAGAAGAAGGCAAUGAGCAAUUCUGGCAGUUCUUGGAAACGGUGAAAGAAUUAACAUGGUACAAGAAAGGAGGUAAGUUGGCCUUGGAGCAUUCGUAUUACAACUUAAUCCUGAAGAAAGCCGGACAGUUCCUGUCAAAUGUGCAGAUUAAUCUUUUGAAAUUUUCUCUAUCAUUACGAGCAUAUUCCCCAACCGUUCAGAUGUUUCAGCAGAUUGCAGCUGAUGAGCCUCCUCCGAAAGGGUGCAGUGCAUUUGUGGUUAUCCAUGGGAAGAGCACCUGUAAGGCUAAUGAAAUUAUGAAGCUUCUGAAGAAAGCUGCUGCAAGGCCCAAGCCAUAUCUGUUCAAAGGAGAUCAUAAAUUCCCUGCGCUCAGUGAGACUGGCCCAGUAGUGAUCCUUUAUGCCGAAAUGGGUACAAAAGACUUUGCCACAUUUCACAAAGUUUUGUCUGAAAAAGCACAAAAGGAGGAAAUUGUUUACGUUCUCCGACAUUUUGUCCAGAAACCUAGCUCUGAGAAGAUGUAUUUGUCUGGAUAUGGUGUGGAACUUGCAAUAAAAAGUACAGAAUACAAAGUGGUGGAUGACUCUCAGGCUAAAGCUAAAAGUAAUGUAACAGAGGAAGAGCUCAAUAAGGAAAAUGAAGUCCAGGGCUUUCUUUUUGACACAUUAAAGCAGAACUAUCCUGACCUCAAAGACAAUCUGAAGGAACUCAGGAAGUAUCUGAUUGAAAGUACUGACGAUACAGAGCCUUUGAAGGUUUGGGAAUUACAAGACCUUAGUUUACAAGCAGCCUCUCGAAUUCUGUCUGUUCCCAGUUAUAAUGCAUUAAAAGUCAUGAAAGACAUCGCACAGAACUUUCCAGUCAAGGCCAGAUCCCUGAGCAGAGUGUCAGUGAACCUGCAAAUGCGGAAAGAAAUAAAGGAAAAUCAACAGCAUCUACAGGAAGCUCUUGAACUUCAGCCUGGUGAAACACAUUUAUUUCUAAAUGGUCUUCAUAUAGACUUGGAUUUUCAAGAUCCAUUUAGUCUUUUAGAAACACUGAAGUUGGAAGAGAAAGCAAUGCAUGGACUCCAUUCGCUUGGAAUUAAGGGAGAUGUUCUUGGUAAAAUCAUGAGAUUAGAUGCCCAUUCUGAUGACAACACUUACGCAUUAGACAUUCGUCACUCUUCAAUCAUAUGGAUCAACAACUUAGAAAAGGAUGUCAUGUAUGACAAGUGGCCUACAAGUUUUCAGGAACUUCUUAAACCAGCAUAUGCAGGAAUGAUGCGGCAGAUUCGGCGCAAUUUGUAUAACUUGGUCAUCUUUAUUGAUCCAGUCCAAGAAGAAGCAGCUGACUUCAUGAAACUUGUAGAAGUAAUCUACACUCAAAAAGUACCUAUUAGAAUUGGAUUUGUUUUCGUCUUAAAUACUGAUGAACUGGUUGAUGGAAACAAGGAUGCAGGCACAGCAUUAUGGAGAGCUUUUAACUACGUUGCAGAUGAAAUGGAUAUCCCUCAAGCUUUUGCCGCCAUAAUGAACAUGUACGAUGAAGUAAAAGAUAGUGGUAUACUUUCUGUAGGGCAUGUGAAGCGUGUUCUUGUCAGAGCAUUUCCUCAUGCUGACUUGCAAGAUAUCUUGGGAAUUCACUCUGAUUAUGAUGAGAAGAGACAGGCAGGAGCAGUGUUUUAUAAGAAGACUCGCCUGGGCCCAUUGCCUCAAGCUCUCUUUAAUGGUGUGCCCUUUAACAGAAAAGAGAUGAAUGUUGGAGAGCUACAGACCUCUCUGCUGAAGAUCGUUGAUGCCACAGAGUCCUUCCAGCGGGCAGUGUUCAUGGGCUUGCUGAACGAUCAUACAGAUGCAGUAGACUUCAUCAUGGAACAACAGAAUGUAGUUUCACAUAUACAUGACAAAAUUCUUGCUACUGAAAAAAGAUAUCUGAACUUUGUUUCCCCAUCAGUGCCUAUCGAUACAAAUGAUUUCUCAACUUUUCCCUUCUUGGACUCUCAAGAUAAGACUUUCGUUGUUUCAGAAAACAUGAAAUAUGUGACAAGGAAAGAUGAAGAUGUAAUAUAUCCAGUUACCAUAUGGAUUAUUGCUGAUUGUGACAAGCCAGAUGGAAGGCAACUGCUUUCAAAUGCACUGAAAUACCUGAAAACCAGCAGUCAUGUACAGAUUGGGAUUGUGAAUAAUCCUGCAUCAAAAAUAAUUGAAGAUAACACUGUCAUUGCAAGGGCAGUCUUGGCAGCUUUUUUAACGCAGAAAAACACUAGUUUGAAAAACUUUCUCAGUCGGAUUCUGAAAGAGGAGAUGGCAAAAACUGUCCCUACAGGAACUUCAAUCAAGAAGUUUCUUGUUCCGGGCAUGGAUGACGAUGCUUUUGAGAAGAAAUACAACACGCUGGGUGUCGACAUAAUUCAGGCUCACCAGCUAUUUUGUCGGGAAGUACUUAAGCUGCUUCCUGGGCAAAUGGCUGUUGUUAGUAAUGGCAGGGUAAUAGGUCCUUUACAUGAAAAUGAAUUCAGUCCAGAAGACUUUGACUUGUUGGAGCAGGUAACGCUAAGUAAAGCCGCAGUGAAGAUUAAAACCCUUGUCAAGGAAAUGGGCAUUGACAGUAAACGUGGCAGUAAUUUAGUAAUGAAAGUGAAUGCACUUCUUUCUUCAUUGCCAAAAAUUGAUGUGCGCCGAGAUAUUGAAUUUCUCAAAGAAAAGCACAGCGUACUAAAAGUAGACCCACCGCAGAAAAACGAACCCUUCUUUGACAUUGUCGGUAUAGUAGAUCCGGUGACAAGAGAAGCACAGAAGCUGUCACAUUUACUGACUAUCCUUGGUCAGAUUGUCAACAUGAGACUGAGGCUGUUUAUGAACUGUAGAUCCAAGCUGUCAGAGGUACCUUUGAAGAGUUUUUAUCGUUUUGUUCUGGAGCCAGAACUUGUUUCAGGGACCAAUAGUUUUUUUCCUCUUGCACCUGGAGCAAACUUUCUUGAAAUGCCGGAAUCACCUCUUCUGACAUUAAACAUGAUAACUCCAGAAAGCUGGUUGGUUGCAGCUGUGAACAGUUCUUACGACCUUGAUAACAUUCAUUUGAAAGAUGUUGAGGGUGUCGUUUCAGCAGAGUAUGAAUUAGAGUAUUUGUUGCUUGAAGGACAGUGUUUUGAUGUAACCACUAGACAGCCACCUCGUGGACUGCAGUUCACUUUGGGAACUAGGAAUAAUCCUGUUAAAGUUGAUACAAUUGUGAUGGCUAAUCUGGGUUAUUUUCAAUUAAAAGCAAAUCCAGGUGCUUGGAUUUUGAGGCUACGUGAAGGAAGAUCUGAAGAAAUCUACCAAAUAUUUAAGCAUGAAGGGACUGACUCUUCUGAAGUUCUAGAAGAGGUUAUUGUGGUAUUAAAUAGUUUCAGAAGCAAAAUCAUCAAAGUCCAAAUACAGAAAAAACCUGAUGAAAUUAAUGAAGACCUCCUGAGUGAUGGGGCAACUGAAGAAGAGGAAGAUUUUAUGACAAGUGUUACAGGAGGAACUCAAAUAGCAGAAAAGGACAAGAAAAUGGAUGUGUUAAACAUCUUUUCUGUUGCUUCUGGUCAUUUGUAUGAACGCUUUCUAAGAAUUAUGAUGCUCUCAGUUCUACGCCACACCAAGACACCAGUUAAAUUUUGGUUUCUGAAAAAUUAUCUAUCACCAACAUUUAAAAAGGUUAUCCCUUAUAUGGCAAACAAAUAUGGAUUCCAAUAUGAACUUGUGCAGUACAAAUGGCCCCGCUGGCUUCAUCAACAGACAGAAAAGCAAAGGAUUAUCUGGGGUUACAAAAUUCUCUUCUUGGAUGUUCUCUUCCCAUUGGCUGUGGACAAAAUAAUAUUUGUUGAUGCUGAUCAGAUUGUAAGAAGUGACUUGAAAGAACUCAGGGAUAUAGAUAUGAAAGGAGCACCUUAUGGUUAUACUCCCUUCUGUGAUAGUCGUACAGAAAUGGAUGGCUACCGCUUCUGGAAGUCAGGAUACUGGGCUUCACAUCUCGGAAAAAGGAAGUAUCACAUCAGUGCUUUAUAUGUUGUGGAUCUGAAGAGGUUCCGGAAGAUCGCUGCAGGAGACAGGCUCAGGGGUCAAUACCAAGCACUUAGUAAGGAUCCAAACAGUUUAUCCAACCUAGAUCAGGAUCUUCCAAAUAACAUGAUUCAUCAGGUGUCCAUCAAAUCUCUUCCUCAAGAGUGGCUGUGGUGUGAAACUUGGUGCAGUGAUGAAUCCAAGAAAAAAGCUAAAACCAUUGAUCUGUGUAACAAUCCAAAAACCAAAGAACCCAAACUAGAAGCUGCUGUCAGGAUAGUUCCUGAAUGGACAGAGUAUGACUCCGAAAUACAGAAGCUUAUAGCUCAAAUCAGAACAGAGAAGAUAAAGAUGGUUCAGUCCCAUCAUAAAGAUUCCAAACAUGAUGAACUUUAGCACUAUUUGGAAAUGGUCCUGAUUGCACAACUACUGACUAUAUACCAGGCAUAAAUGGUAGAUUUCAUGGAUGUAAAUACUAGAGGUGCUCUAUAUUUUUGAAAAAAACUUCCUUUGACACUUAUUGUACUUGGAAUAGGAAGAACAGAGUGGAAAGGAAGCAUAGUAAAGUGUUGAGUGUAGAGUUUGUCAUUCAAUCUGACGGGGCUUCCCACAUCUGUUGCUUCCAAAGGCAAUUCAAAUUCUGGUGCUACAUUCCCUAAGUGCACACUGCUCUUAUAUCAUGUAACACAACGAUUGUAUUCAAAAUCUCAUGUAGUAAUUUAAAGUGUUGGGCUGUAGUAAACAAACUGAACACCCCAUCCGAUACUUCUUUUUUAAAAAACUCUUUCAUCUUUCCACAGAAGCAUCCAAGAAGGCUAACUUGAAACAAUACUUGGAGUUUGCAUUGCUUUUUUUGUAUGACAUGUCUGUCUGCAUGUGAUUUUGUCAAGGGUAAUGUCACUUUGACACAAACAAAGCUCUUUCCUUUACUUCCUGUCUCUCUGGUACAAAAGGUUCUCUCAGGCUGGAACUAGAUGUUACAACUGUCAUUACCAACUGGCAGAAUAUAAAUUUAACACAUAAAAUGAAACUUAAAUAAAAUAAAUUUUAAGAUA